CUUCCGGCGUCCCCCGUCCCCUCAGUCGCCAUGGACGAGAGCGAGUUAAUCGAAUACUUCAAAUCCCAAAUGAAAGAAGAUCCCGAUGUUGCCUCUGCUGUGGCUGCCAUUCGGACUUUAUUGGAGUUUUUGAAGCGAGACAAAGGAGAGACCAUUCAAGGCUUGAGAGCGAAUCUGACCAACGCCAUCGAAACCCUGUGUGGCGUUGACUCUUCUGUGGCAGUCUCCUCAGGCGGGGAACUCUUCCUGCGAUUCAUCAGCCUCACCUCCCUGGAAUAUUCUGAAUACUCCAAGUGUAAAACGAUCAUGAUCGAGAGGGGGGAACUCUUCCUCAGGAGAAUAUCGGGCUCGAGAAGUAAAAUCGCAGAGCUGUGUCACCCUUUCGUCAAAGAUGGAGCCAGGAUCUUAACUCACGCCUACUCAAGAGUGGUCCUGCGGGUCCUGGAAGCCGCGAGCGCAGCCAAGAAGCGUUUCAGUGUGUAUAUUACCGAAUCACAGCCAGACUUAUCCGGGAAGAAAAUGGCAAAUGCCCUCAGAAACCUCAAUGUCCCAGUGACUGUGGUUCUGGAUGCCGCCGUUGGAUACAUCAUGGAAAAAGUGGACCUUGUCAUAGUUGGUGCAGAAGGGGUUGUUGAAAACGGAGGUAUCAUUAACAAGAUCGGAACCAAUCAGAUGGCAGUUUGUGCCAAAGCACAAAAUAAACCUUUCUAUGUAGUGGCAGAAAGCUUCAAGUUCGUUCGACUCUUCCCUCUUAAUCAGCAGGACGUCCCAGACAAAUUCAAGUACAAAGCAGAUACGCUGAAGUCAUUGAAAACCGGGAAAGACCUCAAAGAGGAGCAUCCGUGGAUCGACUACACUUCCCCCUCACUGAUAACGUUACUGUUUACAGACCUCGGGGUAUUAACACCCUCAGCGGUUAGUGACGAACUGAUCAAACUUUACCUCUAACUGGUGGAUUCUCUUUCAACCUCCAACGUGGGCAGGGUCACCGACCAGUCAACCCCUUUCACCGCCAUGGCCACGUUUAACAUUUUCAAGCUGUGCAAAUUAAGCAGAUAAAGGGACAGCUCCUCGAAACUCCCCUGUUUGGGGGUUCAUUUGGC